AUGGGUGGGUUUCAUCUGUUGAUGACACUACUGGCAAUCAUCGGCAACCGUUUUGGCGACGCUGGCCUCAGAGAUGUAGCUGUGCACAGUGAGAUGAUAGCUGAAGGCUCAAUUGACAGCGUUCUAAACGGCAAGCAUUAUAACAGAGGCAUUAGACUACACAAUAUUAUGUAUGAGGCGAUGACCAAGCUACUUUUAGAGAACUUUGAAGAUUGCUUGCAUGAGGAUUCGUUGGAAUUGCUAAGUGACCAUAAAACGCAUUUGGAUCAGCUCAAGCUUAAUCUUUGUCAAGAAGAAAUCGAGCAGGUCCUGGAGAGCGAUCUGCUACAGCAAUGGGAGAACCGUUUCCAGGAACACGUAGCUGACAUAAGGCAGAAUGGCAGUGAUCUUGCAAAAUUUUGGAUCACGUAUUUGCAACUCUGUGAACUCCUACUUGAUCUGAUCAACGCAACGAGAACGGGCAACUGGGAACUGUAUCUCUUUUGUAUCGAAGCAGUUAUACCAUGGACAUUUGCCUACGACCGGCAAAACUAUGCGCGCUAUCUAAUUCCAUACCUGAAUGAUAUGCGUGCUUUGCCAACAGUCAUGCCUGAGGUUUAUGAUGCUUUUCUCGCCGGUGAUUUCAGUGUACAGAUGUCCAAAAGUAACCCAUUUGGUCAAAACGAGGCCGACAAGACCAUUGAGAAUACGAUCAACAGGGAUUGCAAGACGAGUGCAUGGCGGCUACAUCGGAUUCAGUGCCAAUUUCGCGGCGACUCAGCGGUGGGUCUUGAACAAUUCCAGGCGCAGCUCAUACAGACGACUCUUCCGCGAACACGUAUCUCUGCUGUCUACUGA